GAGAUUGAAAUGUGAGACACAUAACCCACUCAACGUGCAUUCAAAUCAAACCACAAAAACCAAAGCAGCCAAACUAAAAAGGAUUUUCAAGGCUCAAACAGAGCCAGUCGAAGAAGCAGCAAAGAAAUUCCUACAAGUGGUUCUGCUUGCUUCUUCAUUACCUCAAUAAACAAAACUUUGCAGUGUAACUUAGAGAACCCAAAAAGCAGUAGCAAAAGAAGUAGGAAUGGCUUGUGCUGCUUUAUCAGCAAACACUUGUACUAUAGCUAAUUCAUCUUCAAGUGGAAGAUUGAGUUUUUACACAUACAAAAAAGACUCAAUACUGAGGCAAAGGCAGAGUCUUGUUCGAUUCAGAAUUCGGGCUUCAACGGAUGAUUCUGAUUGCAAUGCUGAAGAAUGUGCCCCUGAGAAAGAGGUGGGGAAGGUGAGCAUGGAAUGGGUAGCUGGGGACAACACCAGAGUGGUUGGGACAUUUCCACCUCGUAAGCCGCGUGGCUGGACAGGGUAUGUUGAGAAGGAUACUGCUGGGCAAACAAAUAUAUACUCUGUUGAGCCUGCAGUUUAUGUAGCAGAAAGUGCCAUCAGCUCCGGGGCAGCAGGCACCUCAUCUGAUGGAGCAGAGAACACCGUAGCUGUUGUAGCUGGGAUAGGCUUAAUCGCUGUUGCAGCUGCUUCAUCGAUUCUCCUUCAAGUUGGGAAGAACUCACCUCCUCCGAUACAAACAGUGGAGUACUCGGGACCAUCCCUUAGCUACUAUAUCAACAAGCUUAAGCCCGCGGAAAUAGUCCAAGCUUCAGUAACCGAGGCACCAACUGCACCUGAAGUUGAAGAUGUUCAAGCUUCAGUAGCACCAGGAACCGAAGCACCAAAUGCACCAGAAGUUGAAAGCUCUGCUCCCCAAGUUGAGGUCCAAUCCGAAGCCCCUCAGGACACUUCAAGUCCUAACAUCUCUUAGGACAAAUCGUUUUGUUUACUUGUAUAUUUUAUUUGUAGAUGACCUAGUACACAUAUUUCAGUAAGUUUUUGUAAUCCUAUUAUUAAAAGAGAACUAUUCUGCGUAAUUGAGUUAGUUCAAUGGCCA